CCGACAUGGCCUCGGCUGCACCGCCUGCCGCCUCGUCCUCAACCGCGUCCACCUCGCACGGCCUCGACACGGCAAAGCUCCUCGUGCAGAAGAUCGCCCGUACCUUCUACGGAAACCGCGCCGCCAUCCUCGUCGACCAGCUCGUGCAGCGAGAAUGCUUCCGCGACGAGGAAAUCGCCCGUCGCCUCGGCAUGCAGAUCAAGGACAUUACCAAGAUCGCCCACCGCCUCGUCGAGGACCAGGUCGUCCAAGUUCACCGCCGGUCCGAGAUGCGCGACAACGGCAUGAUGAAGGCCCAGCAGCGCGCCUACUACUUUCUCGACUACAGCAAGGCGACCGACGUCAUCAAGUGGCGCAUGUGGCGCAUCCAGCAGACGAUCGACGUCAAGCUGCGCAACGAGCUCGACGCACAAGGCUACGUGUGCCCGCUGUGCAAGGCGUCCUACUCGCACCUCGACGCGGCGACCCUGUUCGACCCGACCACCAACCUGUUGCGGUGCAGCGUGUGCCACACCGAGGUGACCAACAAGGAGAACGAGGACGACGUGCGCGGCAAUAAGGACCGCAUGCAGCGCCUCAUCGUCCAGACCAAGGGCAUCGUCGACCUGCUCAAAAAGAUGGACAAGGUGACGCUCCCUCGCUUCAACAUCGAGUCGUACCUCGCCAUCCACGGCCCGGCACUCGGCGCGACCGCUCACGCCGCCGCCUCGGCGAGCGGGUCGCUCCCGGCCCAAGCCGCCGUCGUCACGGUCCAGAUCGCCGGCGACGACGACGAGGCCAACGAGCUGCGCCGCCGCGCCCAGGAGAUCGAGGACAAGCGCAACCAAAACGCGCUCCCGAGCUGGAUCGCCCAGUCGACCAUCUCGAGCGCGCCCGAGCAGGCCCACGCGGUCGCAGGAGCAGGAGCAGGAGCGGGCGCGGGCGAGCGAGAAGCUGCGCCCGGCGAAGCGCGCGACGGCGUCCAGGGCGCGUCGAGCGCGGCGCGCGUCGGCGGCGCGACGCUGCGCAUGGGCGACGGCGGCGACCGCAAGCCCGUCCUCGCCGGCGGCGGCGCGCACGCAGGGUCGGACCCAGCCGGCGCAGGAGCGACGGGCGACGCCGACCUCGACGCGUACUACGCGAGCCUCGAGAGCGGCGCGGCGGGCGGGGCGGCGCAGGGCGCGAGCGGCGAGGCGACGCCGGCGCUCGACGGCGACGACGGCUACGGCGACGACGACGACCUCGAGGGUAGCCCGCUGCUCGACUCGCCGGGUCGGGACGUGGCGGGGGCGCGAGCAGGGACGUCCGAGGAGCGGGACCUCGGGCUCGAGGAGGCGGACGAGGGCACGCCUGGCGCUGCAGCGGCGGCUACAUCAGGCAAGAGGGAGCGCGAGGGCGAGGGCGAGGACGAGGACGAGCUGGGCGCAGCGUCGAGCAAGCGGGUCCGGCGUGACGACGAGGACCGUGCGGGCGAUGGGCUCGCGGCGACGGGCGACCAGGGCGACGGAGCGCUCGUUCAGGAGGAGGAGGAGGGGGAGGACGACGACGAGUUUGACCUCGACGAGGGUGGAGAAGGCGGCGGCGACCCGAACCAGCUCAUCAUGGUCAACGGCAAGGAGAUGCCGUUCUCGAAGGUGACCGAGGACAUGACGGGCGACAUGACGGCCGACGAGUACAGCGCGUACUGGGAGGUGUACCAGCAGGUCAACUCGUAGCAAGGUUGCUCGGCCUCUUUGUCGCUCCCCGUCGUCGCGCUCCCUGUCGUUCCUCCUCCCCUUGUUGUUGCAAUCACGUUCCUCUCGUU